ACAUUUUACAAAAUAAAUGAGAUUUUUUUGUAAAAUUAUUUAAUGUUCAAUAAAUCAAUUGGCUAAUUUAUAAACAUUGCCAAUAUUAUACUACAAUGGAAACUGCUUUGUCGUCGGACGAUAGCUGCGAUUCUGAAUUAAAAACGAUGAAAACGCAAUUGACUGAGUUUGGUUUAGAUGAAGAAAAUCUAAGUAAAGAAGAAAUGAUAGACCUUCUUAAGGCAUUAAAAAAUUCAAAAUCGACUGUUAAAGAGGAAGAAUUAUUACGGCAGAAGGUUGAAGAUAAUGAAUGUAAUGCAUCCUCAAGGGUAACAAUGAAGAGGAAAUAUCUGAACGUCAGGGACAGAAGAAUGCCUUGGAGUAUAUUACCAAGUACUAUAACAGCAGCUGAAAGAGCUCACACUCUUGCAGUAUAUAUUAAAUUGAUGUCUAUUAAUAAUUAUAGACAAGCUAGACAAUCAGUAAAUUUUGCCGCAUGGCCACCACCGUUACAAAUAAUUGAAGAGUCUACUAGAAUUUUACCAACAAGAUCAACAAGAAGUGGACGUUCUGUGCCAGUUUAUUGUGGCUUCGAUGAUGACUCGUCUGAUUUUGAAACAGUUGUAACAAAAACAAAAAAGAGAAAGAUCUCAAAUAGCGAUAACAAUGUAAAUGACGGUGUUUACACUAAUAAAAUUGUCAGUUUAAAAAGGAAAACCACAAAAGACGAAAACACCAGGCCAGUCAAAGAACCGAAAAUUGUUUCCGAUGUGAACAACUUAGAAUUGGUAAAUAGUGGUAAAAUGAAAUAAGUUUUUAAUCCCUCUAUGAAAGACUGAUUUUCUUUAGUUGAUUUAGCUUAAAAUAGUUGUUAAAAACAUAGAUGUAAUUUAAUAUAACAUUAGUUAAAGUAACAAAAAAAUAAACAGUCACAUUAGUUUAUGCUAUUUAGUUACGUCAUAAAAUGGCAUUUAUAUUGCAUUAAUAGCAGUUUGUAUGUAUAUAGAAGAAGCUAUAUUAGAUGGUUGACUCAAGGUUGACUCUGAAAGUUUUUAGAAAAUCAACAACGAAGUGAAGUCAAAAGUUGUUAAUACCUAGUAAAAUGUACGUCAAUAUACCUUUACUAUUUUUUGAAGUAGUUUGCAUUCCUGUGUGUAUAUUGUUGCAUUGAUGGAAUAGUGAUUAAAGCAGCAUCUAGGCUCACUCUUUUCUAUGCGUUCUUUUUCACGAUCUUUCUCUGAUUUUACUACAUAUUUAGGAUUUGGUAAGCAAAUACCUCGUAGAUUAUCUUUGAUUUUUGGAAAUAAAUAGAAAUCACUAUUUGCCAUAUUCACGCUUUAUGAGUCACCUCAUUAUCUCAACAGCUGUCGUAGACAGGUAUAUGACUGUUCGUCUGUUCGUCUAGUGCAGUACGCUAAACCCUUGUGAAGAAGGGUUUGUAUUACGAGAACGCUGCUGUUGAAAGUUUUCCAAGACAACUACCCAACAAUUGUUAAUACACCAGUGAAAAGUAUCAUCAUCAUCAUCAUUACAGCCCUUCACAAGUCCACUGCUGAACAUAGGCCUCCCCCAAGGAAUGCCACAAAGCACGGUCCUGAGCCACCUGCAUCCAUCGACUUCCUGCACAUCUCACCAGGUCGUCACUCCAUCUCCAUCAUCUCCACUGUUGGGGGACGCCCAACACUUCACCUGCCGGUACGAGACUGCCACUCGAGAACCUUUUUUCUCCAUCGGUUGUCGGUUCAUCGAGCUAUAUGGCCGGCCCAUUGCCACUUCAGCUUACUAAUCCGUUGGGCUAUGUCGGUCACUCUGGUUCUACUGCGGAUAUCCUCAUUUCUGAGUUUAUCACGCAGAGAAACUCCGAGCAUAGCCCUCUCCAUAGCUCGCUGAGCGACCUUGAGCUUCCUCAUCCGGCCAGCAGUGAAGGACCACGUCUCAGUUCCGUAUGUCAUCACUGGCAACACGCACUGGUUGUACAGUCUCGUUUUCAAGUUUUGAGGUAUACCUGACGAGAAGAUGUGCCGUAAUUUCCCGAACGCUGCCCAACCGAGUUGAAUCCGUCGAUUGACCUCUCGGUCGAAGUUGGACUUACCUAGUCGGACUAUUUGUCCCAGGUAAACAUACUCGUCAACAACUUCGAGCUUAGUGCUCCCAACAACUACCGGCAUAGGUGUGACAUGGACAUUAAACAUGAUCUUUGUUUUGUCCAUGUUCAUCUUAAGACCUAUCCGUUGGGAAGCACUAUUGAGGUCAUUGAGCAUAGUGCUUAGGUCCUCCAGCGAUUCUGCCAUAAGGACUAUAUCGUCGGCAAAUCGAAGGUGAGUGAUGUACUCGCCAUUGAUGUUGAUACCGUAUCCUUUCCAGUCCAGAAGCUUGAAAACGUCUUCCAAUGCAGCGGUGAAGAGUUUCGGGGAUAUGACGUCACCCUGUCUUACACCUCUCUGCAAUUGGAUAGGUUUCGUACUCUGGUUCUGUACUCGGAUUCCAUCGUAGCUCUGCUGUACAAGCACUUCAGCACUUUUUCACCGCCCAAAUUUCGACGGAAUCAAAGGCUUUAUCAUAGUCCACAUACGCCAGACAUAGUGGCAAAUUGUACUCCUCGGACUUCUGUACAAUUUGCCGAAGGGUAUGUACAUACAUACCCUUCGGCUGGUCUAUGGUGCUAAAGCCUUUUCGGAAACCGGCUUGUUCGGGAGGCUGGAAGUCGUCAAGUCUGCGCGCGAGACGAUUCGUAAUGACUCUCAAAAACAGCACGUAAACGCGGCUCAGAAGGGAAAUCGGUCUGUAGUUCUUCAAGAGAGCGUUGUCGCCUUUCUUGAAGAACAAGACCACUGCACUUCUGCUCCACGCCUCCGGUGUAAUGCCACCAUGGAGGACGGAAUUAAAGAGCUUCUGAAGGACUUCAAGUACCGGUUUUCCACCCACUUUCAGAAGCUCCGCUGUAAUUCCAUCCUCGCCUGGGGCCUUGCCGUUUUUAAGGUGCUGGAGAGCCAUUCUAAUCUCGCUCAGACUGACGUCCGGGAUAUUAUCGGAAUAAUGUCGGAUAAGACUCGCUCUUGGAUCGUUACUCACACUUGCGUGUGGCUCCAACGAUGACGUGUACAGCUGUCCGUAGAACCUCUCAAUCUCACUCAAAAUCUCAGGUGCCCCGGAAACGAUGCUGCCACAUUCUGUCUUCAGCUUUGACAGCUCUUUCUGGCAGACAGAUCUCUGGCAAAGACUUUGGAGCCUUGGUUCUGCUCGAUCGCUUCGUCAAUACGAGCUGUAUUGAAGUUGCGUAAGUCCCGCCGCAUGCAUUUGGAGAUCUGUCUGUUCAGUUGUCUGUAUGCUGUCAAAUCUGUUGAAGAAUUUAGCUUCAUCUCCCGUCUAACAACCAUGAGAUUAAGAGUGUGAUCGGAGAGUUUUUGUGUUCUUCUGCGGCGGGUCUUGCAGAACUUAGCUCCGACCGCAUGGACAGUUUCCACGAGCUUGUCAUUUAUAUCGUCCACUUCAUUGCAGUCUUCUAGGCACUGAAAACGGUUUCGUAACUCGAGCUGAAAGGUUUCGGGACUUUGGAUUAGCGCAUGAGGGGGACGGAGCGUUGACUUCAUUAGACGAGACCUCUCCAACUUAACGUUUAGGUUCAGUGUGCCUCUUACCAUUCGGUGAUCGCUGCCGAUUUUCACCCUCGCAAUCACUGAGACAUUACUGAACAGUUGUCGCCUGGUCGUCAUAAUGAAGUCAAUCUCAUUUUUUGUGGAACCGUCGGGGCUCGACCAGGUCCACCUCCUGAGGGGCCGCUUCUGGAAGAAAGAGUUCAUCAUAAAGAGUCCCUCUUUCUCCAUGAAGUCGGCCAUCUGCUGGCCCCUUGGGUUCCGUUGCCCUAUUCCAAAUUUCCCUACUUUCAGCUCACCAUUCUCUCUUGUGCCUAGUUUUGCUUUGAAGUCUCCCAUUAACACCGUAUAUUGGGUUUUGGAGGAAUGCAUGGCUCUAGAGAUAUCCUCAUACAUUUCCUCCACCUCCUCAUCGGGGUGUGCCGAGGUUGGUGCGUAAACCUGUAUGACCUUCAGCGAAUACCGUUUGGUGAUUCUGAGUAUAAGGUACGCAACCCUCGUCGACACACUCUCGAUGUUUACAACGUUGUUAACGAGAGACUUGUGGACGAUAAAUCCGACACCUUCCUGGGACAGAUGGUCGCCCUAGAAUAGAACAAGUUGCCGGAUUCGAGGAUUACCGUUUCCUCCCCCUCUCUUCGGACUUCGGAUAAUCCUAUAAUAUGUCAGCGUAACUUGUCUAUCUCUUCUUCCAGCUCCACAAUCUUCUCGUCAGUCCUCAGGGUGCGUGCGUUGUAUGUUGCCAGGUCGAGUCGUCGUAGGUGGCAACCGAACCUCCACCGGAGAUUCUUAGCACCCCCUGCCCCGCCGUUACCAUGGUCGCCACCGUAGCCAGGAAUAUCGGGGCCGCCGGGGACUGGGAGCCGUCUCUUUGUUACAUUCAUUCAUUCAUAGGGGGGUAUUUGCCAUAGUUGCCACGCUUGGCGAGCGGGUUGGCAACCGCAGUUUUUUUAUUGUGUUUUUGCUGUUAUCAGGAAGAUGCUGCUGCCUAUCUCCUGCCUGUUUCCCUUUGUCGCCUUUUACGACACCCACGGGAAGAUAUGGGGUAGUGGGUAUUCUUAACCGCCACUACACGGCAAAAACGGUGAAAAGUAAUUGUACUUUAAUCUUUCAGCGGCAGUUCGUCGCGUGACCCACUCUUCCAAUAAUUAAGGCAAUUAAUUUUUUUCUUGACUUCUGUGUCUCUACUUUUGAUGAAAAAUCCUCAAAAAGAGCCAUUGUGCAGAUUUCUAUUAGUACCUAACAAUAUAUUCAGCUUUCAUCACCUGUGAGGACAUCAAACACAAAAUUCAAAUUACCUCUGGUUCUUUUCUAUAAUUUCACGACACCAACCCAUGUGACGACGUUUUAGAUAUUUGGUCAAAUUAUAAGGUAUCUCUAGAUAAGAAAGUAAAUUUAUACCAUGCUAUAAGCAUACAUGCAUACUGAUGAUUAAAUAUUUAAGUAAGA